AUGACUGACUCAAUUGCAAGGAAGCCCUACUUUGGGCUUGUCGGAGGAUGGCUCACCUUUUGGAUUACGGUUGCUUGUGCUACGGAUAUGACCCUGUUCGGGUAUGACCAAGGGGUCUUUAGUGGCGUGGUUGUUACCCAGAACUUUCUCGAGGUCCACGAUUUGGUCGGACCGUCAAAGACUUCCACUCUGUCGACCGUCACAGCCAUCUACGACGUCGGCUGCUUUCUCGGGGCCCUCUGCGCCUUUGCCAUCUCGGAACAACUCGGUCGGAAAAAGUCGAUCUUGAUCGGAACAGCCAUUAUGGCGGUUGGCACCAUUCUGCAGGCGAGCUCGUAUCAUCUCGCUCAGAUGUUUGUUGGCCGAAUCAUCCUAGGAAUUGGAAAUGGCAUCAACACCUCCACAGCACCCAUUUGGCAAACCGAGACUGCUCAGGUCUCCUGGCGAGGCCGACUGGUCAUUUUGGAGAUGGCCUUGAAUGUUGGAGGCUUCAUGCUCGUCAACUGGAUCAACUACGGGCUUUCUUUCCACGGCGGAGCUCUGGCCUGGAGACUUCCGAUUGCCCUUCAGUUUUUCUUCAUCUUCGUUCUCGCUGCCACGGUUCCCUGGCUGCCCGAGUCCCCCCGAUGGUUGCUAUGCCACGGUCGCACAGAAGAAGCUUUACACGUCAUUUCGAGCAUCGAGGAUAAGCCGAAAGAUGAUCCCUAUGUGGCAACGCAGCAUCGCGAGAUCGUCUAUAGUAUUCAGUAUGAGCGAGAAAAUGCGGUGCCCUGGCGGGAUCUAUUGACUGGCCGGUCUACCAACGAUACCAAAACCUUGCGACGGUUGCUGCUGGGCGCCGGCUCACAGGCGCUGCAGCAGUUUCAGGGGAUCAACAUCAUGUCGUACUAUCUGCCGCUGGUGCUCAUCAACUCGGUCGGACUUUCCAACAGCAUGUCGCGACUGCUCAGCGCAUGCAAUGCGACGGUGUAUUUCGUGUUUGCCAGCGUGGCUGUCACGAUGGUUGAGCGAUUUGGCCGACGUGGUCUCAUGCUGCUCUCCACCUUCGGGCAGUUCGUCUGCUUCUUGGUGAUCACUAUUCUGCUCCGCUUUGCCGAAAUAGACACACGAUAUGCGACUGCUUCGGUGGCGUUUUUCUUCCUCUAUUAUAUCGCGUUCGGCAUUGGAAUGUUGGGGGUGCCCUGGCUGUAUCCGACCGAGAUUAACUCGCUGCCCAUGCGGACGAAGGGUGCAGCCGUGUCGACAGCGACGAACUGGAUCACCAAUUUUGCCAUUGUUGAAAUCACACCAAUUGGCAUCCAGCAGAUUGGCUGGCGGUUCUGGAUCGUCUGGACAGUCACCAACGCGGCCUCUCUGCCCAUCUUCUACUUCUUCUACCCCGAGACUGCAAAUCGGACUCUGGAAGAUCUGGACGACUACUAUCGCUCGAACCCACCGUUGCUGGUUACGCGGGAUCCAGACGCAGUAUCCACGCAGCGUCCCUGGCGAUACCGACAGCGCGAGGAGGCAGAGUACGAGCGACAGAAGAAUGCCCAAGCAGGUCUAGAUGCGUCAAAGGACAGCAGCGCGGCCUCGGUGAGCCACGUGGAGUGA